AAAGUCAAACGAGUAGUACAAAAUAAGCACACCAGCAUGCCCUUUUUCUCUCUAGAUUUAUGCGUCUCUAUUAGUGUCCUCUAAUGGAAGCUUCGUUCGUGCCAAAGACUCACUACGACUCCUCCACAGUUGACAGAAUCGAACCCUACACCACCACUUCUUCCACCAAACGACGCCACCCCCAUCCACCACCGUCGACAUCGUCCUCCUCCUCUUCCGCCGCCCCCUCAUCCCUCACCUUCAAGCAACCACCGCCUCCUCUCACCCUUUUCCGCAUCCUCUGCCCGGGGAAUCGCACCGGCAGUGUCAUCGGCAAAGGAGGCGCAAUCGUCCGCCAACUCCGCGAAGAGACCGGCGCAAAGAUUCGCAUCGACGAUUACAUUCCCGGUUGCGAAGAGCGCGUCAUCGUAAUCGUCGCCGAUUCAACCAAGAAAGAGACCAGUUCUAGUGUUGAUGGAAAGCAGAGCACCGAUAAUUUUGAUACCAACGGUGGAGAAUCGGCGAAUUCGAGCUCGAAUUGGAACGGUGAGGACGAGGGGUCGCCGGCGCAGCUGGCACUGGUUAGGGUUUUUGAGAAGAUGUUGAAGGUGGAUGAAGAAAGAGGUGGCGUCUCGGCAGAGAGUGAGAGAGGGGAAGAGAAAAAGGAAGAAGGUGAUAAUGCAGGUGCGCAGGAAGCGGUGUCGUUUAGAUUGUUGGCGCCUAGUAAUCAGGUUGGUUGUGUGCUUGGGAGAGGAGGGAAGAUUGUGGAAAAGAUAAGGCAUGACACUGGUGCUCAAGUUAGGGUUUUGCCCAAGGAACAUCUUCCGGUGUGUGCCUCUCCGGGCGAUGAGUUGAUUCAGAUAACAGGGAACUAUUCAGCUGUGAGAAAAGCGCUAUUAUCUGUUUCUGGUUGUCUUCAGGAUAACCCUAGGGCAGAGGGGAUGGCACUUCAGGGUACUGGUUUGCCUGCCCAGGGGGACUUAUUUCCUCAACAGGGGUUUGCAUCUGGUUUUCAUACUGUGGAUCAUCAUUCCAGGGGUUAUUCUUCUGUCACGGGUACUGAAAAUAUUGGAGCCAGCUACAGGAUGGGCCAUGAAGAGGAGGUUGUAUUUAAGUUGUUGUGUCAAAUUGACAAAGUUGGGAGCUUGAUUGGAAAAGGCGGCUCUAUCAUACGGGCAUUGAUGAUUGAAACUGGUGCGUCUAUCAAGAUUGCUGAUGCGCCACCUGAUUCAGAUGAAAAAGUUGUUGUAAUCUCUGCACGAGAGAAUGCAGAUCAAAGACAUUCUGUAGCACAGGAAGCUGUUAUUCGUGUGCACUGUAGAAUUGCUGAAAUUGGAUUUGAGCCGGGCGCUGCAGUUGUUGCUAGACUUCUUGUCCAUUCACAGCAAAUAGGUUGUCUAUUGGGUAGGGGAGGUAUCAUUAUCGCUGAACUGAGAAGAGUUACUGGUGCUAGUAUUCGUAUUUUUCCAAAAGAACAAGUUCCAAAGUGUGGUUCCCAGAAUGAUGAAGUGGUGCAGGUUAUUGGGAGCUUGCAGUCUGUACAGGAUGCUUUGUUUCAAAUUACAGGCAGGCUUCGGGAGACCGUAUUUCCAGUGAAUCCACAUCUUUCAAGUGUUGAAGGCUCACAGUAUAUGUCCCCUUAUCCAGAAAUGCCCCCACCUUUGUAUAGGCCAAGGCAUGAUAAUGCUUCCCCCCCUCGUCAUUACCCUUCCUCAGUUGGACUUCCUCGUUCCAUUGACCGUGUAGCUAUGCCAGCUCCAUCCUUUGAUCCCCAGCCAGGAUUUUCAUAUGGUACUGAACGUGUUGGUCCAACUUAUCCAGACCGUGUUCCGUAUCCUUACGGUAGUGAGAGACCUGGACAUGGACCAUUAUUUGAUAGACAAUCCUCACCUAGAAGAUGGAAUUCUCAGGCAGUUGGCAGUGGCAGCCAUAGGGGAAAUGCUGAUGUUGGGGGAGGCUUAGCAUCAACUAGUGGUCCCAUUGGAAGAAAUCAGGCAUCCAUUGCGGCAAGCACAAGUGUCGAGGUUGUAAUUCCUCGAUCAUUAUUGAGCCAUGUCUAUGGAGAGAAUAAUGGUAACCUGGGUCAGAUCAGACAGAUAUCGGGGGCAAAGGUGGUUGUUCAGGAUCCAAGAGCUGGGGCUACUGAAGGCCUGGUUGUGCUAUCAGGAACACCAGAUCAAACACGUGCUGCUCAGAGCCUCAUCCAAGCCUUCAUUUUAGCUGAACAGCCCUUUUGAAUUCUGGGUUUGAUAGUUUCGAGAACAGCUAGUGUUUGUAUUUAAUUUAGUUUUUUUUUUUUUUUUUUUUAAUUUACAAAAUUAUCAUUAUUUUCUUUUCUUUUUUCUUUAGGUUAAAUAAAAAAAAAUUUGAUUUAAAAUGUUAUGGUUAAUUUACAUGAAUACAAGUAAUGGGAAUAUGAUAAUUUUGCAAAUUGUUAAGAAAAAGGGGUAGGGAUGUUACAAA